CUUCUCUUAACUCUUGCUCUUUUUGUGUCUUAUUUCUAGUGGUCUGUUUGCCAGUCACUACACAGAAACACACUACCUGGAAGACGGCAGCGCGGUCACCGGCUCUCACAACCUCACGACGAACUGCUAUUACCACGGAAUGGUGCAGGGACACAUCUAUUCUGACGUCAGCCUCAGUACCUGCUCAGGUCUCAGUGGCUUCAUCUCACUAGAAAACAGAUCCUACGUGUUGGAGCCGUCAACUGAUCCCUCCAGUGGAUCCCACAGGAUCUACCGGUCAGAACAGCUCAACCUCACACCUGGCUCGUGUGGCCAUGGCUUCAACAUAUCACUGGUUCAUGGAGACACCCAGAACAGCCACAACCAAUCAGACAGCCCCUUCGGAGCCUUCAGCACCAGG